GGCUGGAACCAGGGUAGAGUCACCGGUUUGCCAUCAUAAACCAGAUGAGCGGCUUCCUCACAUGAAAGUAUUCUGUAUUCUAUGUGAGGUUUUGAACCAACAGCGUUGAUCGAGGCUCAAGUGAUUCAAAAUCAGCGACCUUGACCGCUCAGCCACGGAGACCACACAAUUCAUCAAAACAAGAAAAAGAAUCUCAGACAUUACAAUUCCAAACCACCUGUAACCCAUGGCAGCAAAGGAGAAGGACAAAGCGUACGUAUGUACUCUGAGCGAAACAGUGCAAAAGAAAGCAGAGGAAGAGCUGUUUGAAACACCUGAAACUAGAAGUCAGAGUAUUCAGAUUCUUAGAGAAAAAAUAGAAAAAUGUCCAGAAUUACACAUUCGUACAGACGAUGCAUAUUUAUUGCGAUUUCUACGUGCUAAGAAGUUUGACUGUGAAAGAGCAUUCCAACAAAUUGUCAGACAUUUUGAAGUAAAAUGUGAAAAAAAGAACAAGGAAUUGUUUAGUGACAUGCGUCCAUCUGCUGUGAAGCACGUCUUGGAGGAUGGUGUCACAGGUGUAUUACCACAAAGGGAUAAAUUUGGAAGAAGGGUUCUUGUUUUUAGACCAGGUAGAUGGGAUCCUUCUAAAUAUCCUGUUCCUCAUGUAUUCAAAACCAACUUUAUGACACUAUCCAAGCUUAUUGAGGAUGAAGAAACGCAGGUGUCUGGAAUUAUCAUGUUGGCAGAUUUAAAGGGUGUAGGGUUUGGACACGCAACUCAGAUGACACCCUUCUUUGCCAAACGUAUUGUAAGCCUUCUACAGGACACAUUUCCAAUGAGAUUAAAAGGGGUACACUAUGUUAAUGAACCUACAGUAUUUGAUAUAGUAUUUGCAGUUGCACGCCAGUUUAUGCGGAAAAAGCUUCUUGAAAGGGUACAUGUUCAUGGGAAAAAUAUGAAUGAACUGGCAGAGUUUAUAGAUUUAGAACACUUGCCUGUGGAAUAUGGAGGAAAUGCACCGCCAUUCUCAAACGAGGAAUGGAAGAAUAAACUGUUGGCAUGUGAUGCAGAAUUUGAUGAAGAAGCAAAGUACGGUUUUGUAAAAACAUCCACUGAAGAAAAAGAUAGUCAGCCGAAACAACAGACAGACGAUGUUUUAAUUUUCUGAUGAAUAGUGGCUAUACCAGUUUAAGUGACUUGUUCACUAGCUUUUUUUUCUGUUGAAAGAACGUUUCAUUACUGUAUUUAUUAGGAUUUUAUUAUGCCCCCUUCGAAAGAAGAGUGAGUAUAUAGCUUUGCUCGUGGUUGGUCUGUCUGUCCAUUUGUCGGUGGACUAUUUUGUUUCCAGUCAGCAACAUAAUAUUUGGUCUCACAAGUCAAAAUAUUAGUCAAAAUAUAUGGGAUGAUUGCUUGGGGUCAGCAGAUGACGCCUAUUAUUUUAGAGAGUAGUAGUUCAAAGGUAAACGUCACAGUGAGAGUUUCUGCAUAAAUAGUGAAGAAUGUUUUGCCCAACCGUCACCUAAUUUGAUAUGAGUUUGCUAAUGGUCAGCAGAUGAAAGUAUUGUUUUUGGGAUCCAUAGGUCAAAGAAUAAGGUCCUAGUGACUGUAAGAUUCAAAACGGUUUCUUUUGAAUAAUUAAGGAACGUUUCGGCCUACAGUGAUGUCUGAUUUAAUAAGGUGAUUGUCUAUGGUCAGUAGAAUACUGUUAUCGUUUUGGGGGUCAAAAGUCAAGUUCAGUAACCUUAAGACUGAAAAUGGUUCCUACUCAAUAAAAAAAAGAAUGUUUUAGCCUACUGUCAUAGCACUUCAUAGGGUAAUUGUUUGUGAUUUUUAGAUAAUCCCUCCUUUUAUAUAUCUGCAGGUGCAGGCCAGAUGUCAAGGUAACUAUGAUUUUUAGACUGAAAAAAAAUCCUAACAGCUGACAUUUUAUGGAUAUGGUGUGUUAAAUUUAAUAGAUUCGGUUAUAGAAUUCGUGAUGUGAAGAAGCUAUCAGCAGGCAUACUGAAGGUGGCUAGUUUUACCAAGGUGGCUGAACAUACCUUAAACAAUGCUUACAGAGUGUAUCUAGUCGCCCUCUAACUUAAAAAGUUCGAAAGGUAGUUAUAUGUCCUAAAUUGUGUUGGUUUGACGCUAAACCCAACAGAAACAAAGCAAAACAAUUUACCAUUGAUGGUUUCAAGAGACAUGACCUUAAGAACUGUACGAAAGAAUGUUGAUGCUGCUAUUUGUAGAAUGUCAAUGUAAAUGACUAAUUUGACAGCAGACAUUUAUGCCCCCAGCAAUUAUCUUCGAAGAAGAGAGUAGGCGUACAACAUUAAUGGGAAUGAGGAAUUUUAAUGCUGUUCUUUAUGUCAUUUAUGCUACCACUUCUACCCCUAUAUAUACAUUGCGGUUCGAAAAUUGAACUACAUAGCGAUUUGUCUCAUGGUUUUUAGCUCACCUGUCACAAAGUGUCAAGGUGAGCUUUUGUGAUCGCGCAGUGUCCGUCGUCCGUCAGUGCGUCCGUGCGUCCGUAAACUUUUGCUUGUGACCACUCUAGAGCUCACAUUUUUCAUGGGAUCUUUAUGAAAGUAGGUCAGAAUGUUCAUCUUGAUGAUAUCUAGGUCAAGUUCGAAACUGGGUCAUGUGCCUUCAAAAACUAGGUCAGUAGGUCUAAAAAUAGAAAAACCUUGUGACCUCUCUAGAGGCCAUAUAUUUCACAAGAUCUUCAUGAAAAUUGGUCAGAAUGUUCACCUUGAUGAUAUCUAGGUCAAGUUCGAAACUGGGUCACAUGCCAUCCAAAACUAGGUCAAUAGGUCUAAAAAUAGAAAAACCUUGUGACCUCUCUAGAGGCCAUAUAUUUCAAAGAUCUUCAUGAAAAUUAGUCAGAACGUUCACCUUGAUAAUAUCUAGGUCAGGUUCGAAACUGGGUCACAUGCCAUCAAAAACUAGGUCAGUAGGUCAAAUAAUAGAAAAACCUUGUGACCUCUCUAAAGGCCAUAUUUUUUCAUGGGAUCUGUAUGAAAGUUGGUCUGAGUGUUCGUCUUGAUGAUAUCUAGGCCAGGUUUGAAACUGGGUCACAUGCGAUCAAAAACUAGGUCAGUAGGUCUAAAAAUAGAAAAACCUUGUGACCUCUCUAGAGGCCAUAUGUUUCAUGAGAUCUUCAUGAAAAUUGGUCAGAAUGUUUAACUUGAUGAUAUCUAGGUCAAGUUCAAAAGUGGGUCACGUGCCUUCAAAAACUAGGUCAGUAGGUCAAAUAAUAGAAAAACCUUACGACCUCUCUAGAGGUCAUAUUUUUCAUGGGAUCUGUAUGAAAGUUGGUCUGACUGUUCAUCUUGAUGAUAUCUAGGUCAGGUUCGAAAGUGGGUCACGUGCCUUCAAAAACUAGGUCAGUAGGUCAAAUAAUAAAAAAAAACCUUGUGACCUCUCUUGAGGCCAUACUUUUCAAUGGAUCUGUAUGAAAGUUGGUCUGAAUGUUCAUCUUGAUGAUAUCUAGGUCAAAUUUGAAACCGGGUCACGUGCGGUCAAAAACUAGGCCAGGUGGUAUGAAAAUAAAAAAACCUUGUGACCUCUCUAGAGGCCAUAUUUUUUAUGAGAUCUUCAUGAAAAUUAGUGAGAAUGUUCACCUUGAUGAUAUCUAGUUAAAGUUCAAAACAGGGUCACGUACCUUUGAAAACUAGGUCAAUAGGUCAAAUAAUAGAAAAACCUUGUUACCUCUCUAGAGACCAUAUUUUUCAAUGGAUCUUCAUGAAAAUUGGUCAGAAUUUUUAUCUCGAUAAUACCUAGGUCAAGUUCAAAACUAGGUCACUAUGUCAAAUAAUAGAAAAAACGACGUCAUACUCAAAACUGGGUCAUGUUGGAAGAGGUGAGCGAUUCAGGACCAUCAUGGUCCUCUUGUUUGCUUUCCCAUAUGAUGUUACAGAGGAAAUGUCACCAAAGUCCCAUAAGAUAUUUUCUUAGUUUAUCAUGAUUGUGGUUGUAGAUUCGUUAGUCAAGUAAACGAAGAUAGAUUUAUUUAAAAAUGAUGUAUAUUUUUUGUUCGAAAGGUACGUAUUGUUUGAUUUUUUUUGCUAGGUUUAACAUCGCACCAACACAAUUAUUGGUCAAAUGGCGACUUGCCAGCUUUGAUGUUGAAGGAAGAUUUUAUUUACUUUAAAUAAUUUAUUUCGCAAUAAUUAUGUAAAUUAUAAAAUGUUAUUUAUACAGAUUUUCUCAAGUAAUGUCUUAGAUAUUUCUUUUAGACAGUGUACUUUUGUUUAUAUGUAAUAUAUGUUAGCAAGCAACACUUCAUUCAUCAAACCUUGAAAAUCAAGGUUUAUGAGGGCUGUAUUUCUUAUCUAAAACGGGUGACUAGUUCUGUUGUUACAUAUCUAUGCAAGAUUGGGAUUUUAUUUGCACUUCUGAACCAAAGGUUCAGUGUGCGCUAUUGUGAUGGUAGUGUGUAUGUCGUGUUCCGUCAUUCAUAGCUCGCUUCUUAUGUUAAACGACUUUCUUCUACAUGUAUUAAGCCAUAAUAUUAUGGUGUAUCUUCAUUAAAUUAGGUCAGAAGCAUUCUUGCAUGGACCUCUUUCAGUUUUAUUUAGGUAGUUCUGCUUGGUCAUUUUCGAUGCUUCUAGAACUGAAAAGCAACUACAAAGAAAACCCUUUAAAUUGCUUAUUAUGAAAUUCUAGUUAGAUCACUCACAGGCCUUGGUCAGUAGCAUCUUUGUAACGUCUUGGUCAGUAGCAUCCUUGUAACAUCUUGGUCUGUAGUUUUUCUCAGUUUUAUUCAGAUGGUUCCGCCUGACCGUUUAAGAGGCCGCAAUGAAAAAAUUAGAAAAAAAAUUAAACAACUUGUUAUUAUGAGCCACUUGGACCAUCUCAAAACUUUGUCUUUAGCAUCUUUUUUAAAGUUCCAUAUGGUCAGUUAUUAAAGGCUCAUAAUGCCUUUGUUUAAAAUGUGGUUGCCAUUUUUCCGUAAUGAAUAUAAAACAUACUAAUUUGUUGUUAAAUCCAAUUUAACAUAGUAGAAUGUUUUAUAGAAAUUCUUGCUUUUUAGCUCGCCUAUUCGAAGAAUAGGAAAGCUAUCCUACUCACCCUGGCGUCGGCGUGAGUGUAUGUGUGAGCGUCACACAAAUGUUAAAGUUUGCGUGCCACCCAAAAUAUUUUCAAAGUCCAUUGAGGUAUUGCUUUCAUAUUUUGCAUACUUGUUUACCAUCAUGACCCCAGUCUGUAAAAAAGGAGGAGGCAACUCUGUCAAGCAUUUUGACUGAGUUAUGGCCCCUUUUCGACUUAGAAUAUGCUUAUUGUAACGUUAAAGUUUGCAUACCACCCCAAAUAUUUUCAAAGUCCAUUGAGAUAUUGCUUUCAUAUUUUGCAUACUUGUUUACCAUCAUGACCCCAGUCUGUAAAAAGGAGGAGGCAACUCUAUCAAGCAUUUUGACUGAAUUAUGGCCCCUUUUUGACUUAGAAUAUGCUUAUUGUAACGUUAAACUUUGCAUACCACCCCAAAUAUUUUCAAAGUCCAUUGAGAUAUUGCUUUCAUAUUUUGCAUACUUGUUUACCAUCAUGACCCCAGUCUGUAAAAAAGGAGGAGGCAACUCUAUCAAGCAUUUUGACUGAGUUAUGGCCCCUUUUCGACUUAGAAUAUGCUUAUUGUAACGUUAAAGUUUGCAUACCACCCCAAAUAUUUUCAAAGUCCAGUGAGAUAUUGCUUUCAUAUUUUGCAUACUUGUUUACCAUCAUGACCCCAGUCUGUAAAAAAGGAGGAGGCAACUCUAGGCUAUAUACCAAUAAAAGAAUUUGUUCUUUGUUUCAUAUAAAAUUCAGCUACUUCAGACCAAUUUUGUUACAGUUUCUAGAUUUUCACUCCGUCGUAGACCUAUUUUCCACAAGAUAUCCAUACAUUUGCUUCAAGAAAACGAAAAGAAAAAGGGGUGUUGAAUAGUAUGCAGUGAAAUGCAAGUCAACUGAAGUCAGUUACCCUCAUAUUGCCGCAUUUCAGAAAGCGGUCCGCAGAAUAAACACUCUACUUUCGUUUCAAGUAAACAACUCGAAAACAUGCGAAUAUUAGCAUGAAACGUAUCCUAUUUUAUGUAAAAUUCAUUCCACGAGUGAAAUAAUGCCCAUUUGGCCCCCGAUUUACGCGCAA